UGCAGGAGCAGCGAAAAAUAAAGGGAAUCAUCGAUCGAUCAACGAUCGCCGUCGUGGAGGGUCGCAUUUGCAUACGAAUAAUAUUUUGAUGCUGAUUUCGAUCGCGUGUGUCUGUGUGUGUGUAAUAAAAAUAAAUAAAAUAAUAUCUGCAAUCUCAACAUGUACUAUCCGCCCGCUGAUAGUUAUACCGGUUAUCGGGUAACUCCACCCCAAAUCAACGGCAGCAACAGCAACAACAUCAACAACAUCAACAACAAUAGCAGCCAUCACAUCAACAUCAACAAUAACAACAACAACAUCUGCAGCAGCAGCAGUAGCAGCAACAACAGUUUAACAGCAAUCAACAGCGGCAGCAGAAUGGACACCGACGAUGUGGAAUCGAAUACCAGCAGCGCCAUGUCCACACUGGGCUCACUCUUCUCCUUCACAUCGCCGGCGGUGAAGAAGCUGCUGGGCUGGAAGCAGGGCGACGAGGAGGAGAAAUGGGCAGAGAAGGCUGUCGACAGUCUAGUGAAGAAGCUGAAGAAGCGCAAGGGAGCCAUCGAGGAGCUAGAGCGGGCGCUGUCAUGUCCCGGACAGCCCUCGAAGUGUGUUACCAUUCCGCGCUCGCUGGACGGAAGAUUACAGGUCUCUCAUCGCAAAGGUUUACCGCAUGUCAUCUACUGCCGCGUUUGGCGCUGGCCAGACCUGCAGUCACAUCACGAACUGAAACCCCUGGAGCUCUGCCAGUAUCCGUUUAGCGCCAAGCAAAAGGAGGUUUGCAUCAAUCCGUAUCACUACAAGCGUGUGGAGAGUCCGGUUCUACCGCCAGUUCUCGUUCCACGGCACUCGGAAUUCGCACCCGGACACUCGAUGCUGCAGUUUCCCCACGUCCCGGAGCCGAGUAUGCCGCACAAUGUGAGCUACUCGAACAGUGGCUUCAACUCGCACAGCUUAAGCACCAGCAACACAUCGGUGGGCAGUCCCAGUUCCGUGAACUCCAAUCCUAAUUCACCGUUUGACAGUUUGGCGGGAACGCCGCCACCUGCCUACAGUCCGUCCGAGGACGGCAACUCGAACAAUCCGAAUGAUGGGGGACAGUUGCUGGAUGCUCCCAUGGGCGAUGUGGCCCAGGUUAGCUAUGCAGAGCCCGCCUUUUGGGCCUCGAUUGCUUACUACGAGCUAAACUGUCGGGUGGGCGAGGUAUUCCACUGCAACAACAACUCGGUGAUUGUGGAUGGCUUUACGAAUCCGUCAAAUAACUCGGAUCGCUGCUGCCUCGGCCAGUUGAGCAAUGUAAACAGGAACAGCACCAUCGAGAAUACACGCCGGCAUAUAGGCAAAGGCGUCCAUCUCUACUAUGUCACUGGUGAAGUCUAUGCCGAAUGCCUCUCGGACUCUGCUAUUUUCGUUCAGUCCCGGAACUGCAACUACCAUCACGGAUUCCACCCAAGCACCGUAUGCAAGAUCCCGCCGGGCUGCUCACUGAAGAUCUUCAACAACCAGGAAUUUGCUCAGCUGCUGUCGCAGUCGGUGAACAGUGGAUUCGAGGCCGUCUACGAGCUAACCAAGAUGUGCACGAUCCGGAUGUCGUUCGUGAAGGGCUGGGGGGCGGAAUACCAUCGCCAGGAUGUGACAUCGACGCCCUGCUGGAUCGAGAUCCAUCUCCAUGGGCCGCUCCAGUGGCUUGACAAAGUGCUCACGCAAAUGGGCUCACCGCAUAAUGCAAUUAGUUCGGUAUCCUAAGCUUAAGAUAAGGAGAGGUCCCCAAAACAAUACAAAAACCAGUAGCUAAAUGAGUAUGUGUGAGUGAGGAUGAUGAAAGCCAAGUGUGUAAAAGACGUAGAAAACACAGGACAAAAGAGCAAGGAAGCGAAGCCUAGGUUUAGUUACGACGAAGAAGAGUUCUGCAGAUUUAAAUAUAGAUGUACGCAAGCAAGCUGCUACUCAAACACCACCCGCCCUUUGCCCAUAUUUUAUAGUUUAUAUAUCGUAUGAUUUUCUAUGCGAAUGUCAUUCCUAACGCUAAAAUAAAGUUAUGAAACAAACAACAACCGCAAGCUAAGAAACCAACUACAAAAUGGUAUAACUAUUUACAAAUGAUCUACACGCUAUAAUAAUAAUAAUAAUGAUCUAUAUGCCCAUUGGCAAAGUGUUGUUGUUCCAAGAAGUCUAUUUCAAGUGCUAACUAUGUGUCAUGGCAAAACUGCUUUAAAUAUACAACAAAAAACUAUAAAAAAAUACACAUUUAAUUAAUCCUACCUACUUUAAAUACCUAAGCAACCAGAACUUUAAAUGCAAUACGUUUCUUAAAAUGAUUAUUAUGUUUUUCUCAUUUUCUCCCCGUUUGCCUUUGAUCAACGAAUUCAAUGUUCAAAAAGUUGAUUUAAAUUUAUGUUUUAACUAAUUUUAAGUUGAAAAAAUAAAAUUACAAAAAAAAAGAAACAAUGUAAAAGUGGAAAAUGCAUCGUUUAAUUAAAUCAUUUUCCCAAACCAUGAUCUUUUGUUAAGUUAAGUAGGACCAGGAAAAAACCAAGCUCCUUUUUUACAUAUAUAUAAAAAUACAUGUAUAAUUUUUUUUUUAAAUCAUCGUACACUAUAAUUUUCAUAGUCUUAUAAUUUCUCUUUAAUUUUCUGUUUAAAGUUAAACAUUACGUGUGCCGAAACAUCAAUAGUUGAUAAACAAAAAGAAACCACAACAAAGGAAAAUUUUUGAAUAAAACGUUUUUGACUUAUGAGUUUGCUUUAUUUUUUCAAAUUUGUAAUGAAUUAAUGUAAAUUUAGCUGUAAAUUAGAGGCUUUGGCAAGAGACACGGCCUUCACUAAUGUAAUAAUUGUGCCUAUUCAAUGUUUUACGUGCGCCUUUAGUGCUUUUGUAUGAUCAACGACAAGGGUUAAAGACCCUCAACAUAUAAAAAUACUCAGCCUAGCGAAGGAAAAAGAUGAAACUAUAAUGUUUGCCUUAAAGUUUACAAAGUUUGAGCCACAGUCCACACACAAUAUGCUAUAUAUUGCCUUAAACAACACGCCUUGCAUGCCAUUUAAUGUUUAACGAAAUCUUGUAAUGAUACAAAAUAUAUAAAUUACGAAUAUAAAUAAAGAAAUAACUUCAGAGGA